UAAUAUCGAGUCGAGCUGUUUGUUCAAAGACAAUUUUAGUUUUGGCAGCUGUCUAUAAAAAUAAUGACAUAUCUAUGGUAAAAAAAUGGCAAAAAUCAUCGUGCAUCGCGGUGAUCAGCGGUGAUCGUCGGACUUCGGAGUUGUACGCAAGGCGUUUGUUUUAAUUUAAUGUAUGGUGUCGUAAUUUUUAAAUUGGAUUAGAAAGCGAGACCAACAGAUCCGCAGAAAAAUUGUGUUUUUAUAAUGCGACAGCAAAGCUGACGUUAUGUGGCAGCUACUACUUGGUUUACAAUAGCCAAGUUAUGAUUCCCUUUCACGAUUUGAAACUAAUUUCGUAACAAUAAAUGGCAGUGAAAUUAAACGCUUAAACAUGGAUGGAACAAAUGGAUCGACGGACUUACCGCCCGUUAUGGAAGAGACGUUUUGUAAAUACGUUUUAUAUUAUGAGAUGAACAAUUCAAGAGUCCGCAUUUGGGAUUUGAUAAUAUUGAUACCAAACGCCCUGUUCGUGCUUUUCCUAGUGGUAAGGUUUAACAAAGCGCAGUUGAAGUUGCGUGCGACAAGCAGCCCUAUAUUCCUAACGUUCUACUCCUUGGUUUGGGGUAACGUGAUCAUCAGCCUGAUAAGAUGCGUAGUAUCGAUGACUGUGAAUGCAGCGAUGCCCCUCGGUGGCACUAUUGACAAAAUAUUAUGGGUCACUGUGAGGUUUUUUUUACUUGCAACUGAAAUGAGUGUGGUGAUAUUUGGAUUGGCUUUUGGUCACAUGGAUAGCCGUAGCAGCAUCAGAUAUGUGUUGUUGGCAACUUCGUUCAUAUCUCUCGCAUUCACUGUAACACAGGGGACGCUAGAGUUUAUCAUGCCUAAUGACAUGUUCCAUAUCGACACAAGGGAAUACGACUUGUUUGGACAUGGUGGGAUGCUGUUUUGGUUCACGUCGUCUUUGGUGUUUGCUGUAAUAUAUUUUGUUAUAUUAUUGUUGCCGUGGAUACCUCUAAGGGAAUAUUUGGCUUUACCAACAAAACUGUCCUUCUACCUGUACGUGUUGUUACUCGCGUUGCUGGACACCACGCAGGCCGUGGGCGCGGCGCUGCUCACGUGGGGCUCCGUGCCGUCCGGCCUCUGCGUCGUCGACGUCACCACGUGGCUCUACUUCUCGCUCUACACGCCGCUCGUCUAUCACACGUUUUUGAGCGAGUUCUUCAGUGUAUCACAACCCAGCAUCAUGUUCUCGUACAAGGCUCAGAUGGACGAGCCAAUGGACGACGACCAAGUAUCCUUGCCUCACCAGCAGAGCUUCAGCUCACUCAAAACUGACUCCGAUUAUAUCUAUCAGCAGAGCAAUAGCGUAUACGACAGCACGCUCUUUGAAGCGGGGGGGACAACCCCAAUGAAUCCAGUGUACAGCGCGUCCCUACAAAGCCCUGAUUCGAUAGCGUCCGGACAAUCCAUAGACAUCGGAGUACCAACCUCAGGAUUCCCAAGUCAGAAUAUGCUCUCAACAUAACAAACAAAAUAUAGAUUAAAAAUACCUUACAUUUAUUUCACACAUCCAAAGAAAAAUACUAAUUAUAAUAAUAUAAGAGUAUAGGCGUAUACGGUAUAAUUUUUAAAAACGCUUUUUGAGUGUAAUUUUCUUUAC